CUUUAGCAUCCAGUGGGUCACACCGACUGACUUCCUCGCUAGUAUCCUCAGUGCGUCAGGGAUUAAGUGCCAAUAAGCUUCUCCUGUCUGCCGCCAUCACCAUGUCUUGAAAGUCCAUUUUCAACUCAUGACUAUGGACACAGUUUACUACCUGCUAGUUGUAGUGUUGUUAAAAAUCCAACCGUCCAGAGGUCAAUGUUUGAGUGGGUGCAGCUGCGUGGACGACCGGCAUGGAAGGUCACUGAUAUGUAUGGAGGAGGGGGCGUUCGGAUCCAUCCCGCAGAACAUGCCGCAGGAUUUGACUAAAAUCCGAAUAGAAAAAUCCCACUUCACUGAGAUACCCAGAGGAGCGUUCCUCAAAACACCUGCCCUGGAGAACCUGUGGCUCAACUUCAAUGACAUCACUGUGGUCAACUCCAAGGGCCUGGAGGGUUUGGGGAACCUGACCGAACUCCGUCUGCAGGGGAACAAGCUAAGAUCUGUCCCUUGGACCUCCUUUGAGGACACACCUGCCCUGAAGAUUCUGGACCUGAAGCACAACCAGCUGGACGUCCUCCCGGAACACGCGCUGAAAUACCUGCCUGGGCUGACAUAUUUAGACCUGUCCUUCAAUCAGCUGACAGUUAUAUCGAAGGAGGUCUUCCAAAACUGGCCUCUGUACCAGAAGCUCCAGUCAGCGGAAGAGCGGGAUGCGACCGGGUCAGGGUCCAACGUGGUCCUGGCGCUCCAUGACAACGCCUGGCUGUGCGACUGCCGCCUGAAAGGCUUUGUGGAGUUCAUUCGAUCCCUGAGCCCCCCCAUCAUUCUGAUGAACUCCUACUUGAGCUGCGCGGGUCCGGACUUCAGAGCGGGGCGCUUUUUCCACGAAAUAGAGCUGCAGGCUUGCGUCAAGCCGGUGGUCAGCAUCCCCGCCGCCAACGUCAGCCUGCCUCAGGGCGCCAAUGUCACCCUGCGCUGCCUGGCCAUGGCCAGACCAGACCCUGUUGUGUGGUGGACAUAUGGCCUGAAGAUAAUCAGGGGAUUCCAUGAAACCCAAGAAAGAAUGGAUGAGGACACAGUCAGGUCGCUCCUGGUGAUCCCCUCCGUCCAUGUCGCCGACCGUGGGAUCUACACUUGUACAGCCAUCAACUUCAUGGGAAACUCUUCCGCCAACGUCUUCCUGGACAUCCGCUCUCCGGACUCCUCGCAGACGUCUUCCCAGCCUGGCCCUGCGGCAGGUCAAGCUAGCGUUGAGGAGAACGUCUACAUCGACAUUCGUAUCGCCAAACAGACGGUGCGAGGAAUCACCAUCGAGUGGUUCGCCGCCCUGGACCACCCGGCCGACACCUGGUUCACUGUCCACUUCGGGCGAGCCGGCGCCGAGAAGAAAGAAACCAUCUACAUCGGACCCGGCAUCAACACCUACUCGGUUUCCGACCUGAUGCCGGCCACUAAAUAUGAAAUCUGCGUGACCCUCAAGAACAAGUCUCCACGUUUGGGCCAGUGCAUCGUGUUUGUCACGGGAAGUGACAUCACGGAGCUGGAGCAGCGGGAGAAGCUGAUUCACAUCGUGGUGAUCGUGCUGGCGAUGGUGCUAGCCGUGCCGGUCGGCAUGUACGCCUGCACCACCGACACCAGGCUGGCCUGCGUGGAGGGAGUCCUGGCCUCCUGGAAGAACCGGCAGAGAGAGAGGAACUCACAGAGGAUGGAACAUGAGCGGCAGGGAACCUUCGACAGCCUGCAGGCGGCCAGCGACGAGGGGCUGGUCAACAAAGAGUCCAGCGACGACAGGAAGGUGAGGCGGAGGUCGGAGGACUGCGUCCGAGCGCAUAAAGGGCUGGGAGACCACAGUAGAGUCACAGCGGAACUUUAUUAAACCCCGUCGAUAUUCACUUUAGCACCAUGCUCAUUUGCUAGCGCUAGAAAUGCCAAUAACACCUUGGUAUUAAUCUCAUCUCUUCCUCUGUUCUAGGCCCGGGACUUUGUUGCAAAGAUGAUGAGUCAUGAGUCAUGAAUGAUGGCCUUUCACUUGAGUCACAUUGCUGUUGUCUGGAAAACAAAUAGUCUGCCUGUGUUUAAAAUUCAGCCCUUUUUGACUCAUAAUUCCACAGAUUUGCACGUCUGUCUAGCAUGUAAUGUUGACGGACGCUUAAAGGAGUCUGCAUGUAAAACGCAUUUUACCUCAGUAGUGUUUAUUUUGAAAUUACAUUUCUUGUACGUGUGUAUGUAUUUCAAAGUUCUUUUUAUUGGAAUUAAUAAAACACUUGAGUUAC